ACUCUAAUUGCCAACUAACUUUACUAUAAUAACUACACCCUAGCUCGACUUUUUGUUGCUCGAGCGAAAUGCCAAAAGCAGCGCCGACGGAAGAGGCAGGGCCUUCUGGCCGGACUGAAGAUGACACGGCUCAGGCGCGCGUUAUUUAUGUUGGGCAUAUACCUCACGGUUUCUUCGAGAAGCAAAUGCUAGGCUACUUUUCCCAGUUUGGCAAGGUCACGCGGGUGCGGCUGUCGCGCAGCAAGCGCACCGGCAACUCAAAGGGCUACGCCUUCAUCGAGUUCCAGCACCCGGAGGUGGCGCGCGUAGCGGCCGAGGCCAUGGAUGGCUACUUUAUCUUCAAGCAGCGGUUAAGCUGCAAGCUCAUGCCGCCUGCUCGCGUGCACCCCAUGCUGUUCAACGGCGCGAACCGCAAGUUCAAAGUCAUCCCGCGGCGGACGGUGGAGCGGAAACGGCACGAGAAGGAGCGCACACCCAAGGAGCAGGCGGCGCGUAUCGCCAAGCUGAUUCGGCGCGACAAGCUGCGGCAAAAGAAGAUUACGGAGGCGGGCAUUGAGUACGAGUAUGCCGGGCUCAGCGCUCCUAUCAAGCCCAAGAAGGUGGUGUUUGAGUAGGGCUUCGGACGAUGGCUUGUGUGGUCUCGGCUUGGUUGUGUGAGCUUGACGGGCUGAGGGGAAGGUGGAGCACGGCAUGAGCCUAGCUCCAAGGGAGGGGGCGUGGGGGUUAGGUCAAUGGGACCGCCAACGAAUUGCAGGCGCGCGCAAGCGCGGGGGCUGCGUGAGGUGAAGUGUAGGCAGGUGUGAACGCGUGAACUUGUGAUGGUUUCUAGGUAGGGCAGGCGACUGAAUGGGACAGGCAUGAGCUUGCUGCUGCGGGCGUUACCGUUGGAAUGCAAUAGCCAGGGAAACGCGUAGGAUGCUUAAGGUGCAAACGGUGCUCAAAGUGCAAGACGUGCUGAACUCAUGGUGCGUCCACAAUGCGAGAGGCGGAGAGGCACGCAACGGCAUGUGCCCUUUGUAACAUGCACAUGGU